AUGGCGCCUUCAGUGUUUCCACCUCAACGUCGUCCUAACAUCAUCGCUAAGGAUGAAACAUUUGAUACUGCGGACGCAACUUAUGUGCAUGUUCCACUGAGCUCCGCAUGGUCUCCCCAGCACCAUAAGGAUACAGUGUUCAACGAUAGUUUUUCGACGAGUGCAGACUCUGACAGGGAUAGGUUAGUUACCAUCGGUAGGCAACAGGGCGGUUGGUACCUUUUCAAAUCCUGUCACGGCGAAUGGCAGGACGGCAUUAAUCUGACAACACUACUCCAAGUGUGGGCAUUUGAUGACACCGCUGGGGGGUGUCUUGUUCAAGUCUCGUUCGGGAUUAACUCUGCAACUGCCAUGGCGGCAUGUCAUCAUCAGAGAACCGAUGAACAAAUGAGAAGAGUUACAGUACCUGAAAUAUAUAAAGGAACAAUUAGGAUGCUCUGGCUCCCACUCACGCAUAAAGACUCGGAAAUCACUUGCUCCGAUGACAUAGGAAGGUUGAGAACGCAUGGUCCAGAACAGAGAUACCUCAGUCCUACAACUGGACUCUGCCGACAGCUCAAGGUACAAGCUGUCACACCCUCUGGCAAAUAUGAAGUUGCCAUCAAGGAUAACACUAGCGAGGCCUGCAAAGUCGCCAUAUGGCUGCUAACCCAUUCUCCCGUAAGAGGGCAGAAUUUUUUCAAGUGGAUCGGAAAAUUCUUCUGGUUUGCAUUGAAGCUAUUUUGGCCAAUCAUUUGGUUUCUCGUGGAACUUUACUUCAGCAGUAGUAACUCUGGGGAGGAUGAAGACACAUCGUACAACACAGGAUACUACAGACCGUAUCUUCGCCAGUUUCAGGGUCAGCUGUGGGCAGCUCGUUCUCGCACGGAGCAUUCAUCGCGUCAUAAGGAGGAACCUGGGACGAAUACCCGUACACAUACUUGUUACCCUCGAGUUCUCAUGAUCCGCGGCUCAAAUCGGAAUGAGUGGGUUCGAUGCGUAGAUCGCGACACCAUCAUCCACACUCAAUACAUCGCCAUCUCUUACCGCGCCGCCGCCUUCUACUCUCGAGACUUGCAUGAGAAGAAAGAAAAGGCACAGUUUACAGACGACGUUCGUGCGGCGGUGAUCGGACAGCAAUUCGAUGCCUACUGGCUCGACCUGGAGUGUUUAGGGGAGACUGAGUCAGAGCAGAAUCUGGAUGUGUACUGCAUGUCAGACGUCUACCGUAGAGCGGAGACGACUUUGAUCAUGCUCGGGGAAGCUGACUCUGGAGAGAAGGAGUGCUGGAGGAGCUGGGGCGGACGGGUAUGGACUUUUCCAGAAGCCCUCCUGAGCUCUCGGCUUUGUUACAAGUUCCGGGAUCGGGAAGAAGUCAAGCCGUUGUCGUUGUUUCAGCUGGCUAACCUGGCCUAUACGAACUCCGAAGAUGAGCAAGCAAUUGUCAAUGCAUACGGUAAUGGGAAGGAUCCGCUCGAGAGGCUGGAGCGCUUGGCACUCUUGAAACAAGCCAUAUGGCGGCGUGAUAUGGAUGGUUUUCCAACACUUUCUGGCCCUCCUCUCCCGCCAAAGUCGAACGUGGUAGGUGGGGGGUCUGUCACCGGCGGGGGGUACAAGCCACACAAGGCGGAGCGAGUUUAUGCGCUCAUGGGCUUUUUUGAGCACCGCAUUCAGCCGAACCACGAUGAGGAUGAGUUACAGGGACUCGCGAGGUUGUCAAUGGCCAAUGAUAACGACCGUAUCACUGAGCGCAUGGUAUCCAUGUUUCCCUCAACCUCCACUCCAGGGGCGUCACGGCGCUGGUACGCUGAUAAUGAUAUCUAUGACGCGAAUCUUUGGGACAUCCUUCCAGAGAUUCAAGUUGCUGGUGUGACGGAAAACGGAGCUCUCGUUUUGGAUGGCUGUCGGGCAGCAGCCAUCAGAUGGAAGGACUUCCCGGAUGUUGCAUAUGCGAAUACAUAUUCGCUGACGAGGACGGUUGUCGGUUCCGUACCGUAUUUCUCCUGGUUAUCCAUUAUCAUCGGGUCAGCGAUUGUGUGGAUAAAGAUCAGCAGAGCAGGAGGCAUCGUAUUCAUUGUCUUUGGAUUCGUCCUCCUCCUCCUUUCACCUGUACUACUUCUCUAUGGCAAAUCUGGGCGUAUAGUCACCGCGCAACCGUGGUUGAUCGGGGUCAAAGGAGUGAUUGACAGAGAAACGGUAGAAGGCCACUUAUACGGGGGUACCAUUGCACACUUUCCAAAGAUAUUACACCUCCCAACGGUGUAUUUCACCCCUAGCGGUUCACCGUUCUCAACUCCGGAACAACUUGCGAGACGGAGAGGCUCAGACAAACAAUACGAGGAUGCGAAGGAACAAGAGAAGAAUGGACCGGGACACAUGUACACGCUCGUCGACACAUACUCGUCGACUAUGUAUUAUUUCCGUGCUGAGCGACCGCCGACGGUAUGCAUAUUCGCAGGACGGGAGGGAGGGCUUGGGAGGUUUAUACUUUGUUCGGAGAACUGCAAAGAAAAUGAACUGCAUAAGGAGGUGGUGUUGCGGAUGCCCACGGAGAUCAGUCAGAGGAUGGAGUUGUGUGGUUGGGUCGCGCUUGGAUGA